UUCGUCCAUCAUUCUUAUCCUCAACCCCAAAGGCGCACGAUAGCGUAGCGUCUUCCUUUUGUGGCUCCUGCGGCGAUUUAUCUUCGCCCAGCCUCGCAAAACGAAUUUCCCCUCAAUUUUUAAUUGCGAAACCCUAUCUCUCAAGACGGCCUCCUCUCAUUCAGAUCCGAAAACUUUGUCAAUAAGUAUUGGUCUGAUUUUGCUACCAUCGCUUCCGAUUUAAUACAGGAUUGGGGAUUCAAGUCCUGUGUGACCAGAAUCCAUAUUUCCUGCUUUUAUAUAGCAAUUCAUUAGAGCAAUGGGAGGGUAUGAAAAAGAUGAGUAUGAAGAUUGGGAUGAGUAUGAGGAAGAUGGAGAGGAGCAAGAAGAGGAAGAUGGUGAUGACGAUGGUUAUGAAAGAGUUCAUAAACCCACCCAGGAGGAGUUGGAUUAUCUUGCCCUCAGGCAAAGGUUAAAAGAGUCUAUCAGAAAGCAGAUGAAGAAGGAUACAGGGACUGCAAACCCUGGCUCCCGUGAUAAAGUUAAUUCAUCACGUAGAGACAACUAUGGUUCUUUCUUUGGGCCUUCACAGCCAGUUAUUGCUCAGAGGGUAAUCCAAGAAAGCAAGUCCCUGUUGGAGAAUCCAGAUCUAGCAGCAAGGAUAUGUAGAACUAGCCAUAAGGAGAAGAGCUCUGUUACUGCUCCUGUCAGUUCAAAAUCUCAAACAAACCGUCCGCCAAGUGUUAAAACUGUGUUGAAAAAAAAGGUCGAAAUGCUGAAAAAUACAAGAGACUAUUCGUUUCUAUUAUCUGAUGAUGCUGAGGUUCCAGCCGCCUCAAAAGUUCCACCCCCAAGAAAAGUGUCAGCUCCCAAGUCUGAUUCACGAUCUGCCGAAUUAAUGCAAAGGAGCAGACCAAUGGUGAAUGGUCGUGCAAAAGAAGUCUUCAAUGGUCGCAAUGGCAGAAAGCCUAUGCUUCCAUGUAGCCAGAGCAAAUCUAAAAUUGGGAUGGAUAAGUCAGCUCACACAAACAAGUCAUCCACAGAAUCUAGGAAACAGUUUGGUAACACUAGUGGAAGUGGGCCUGGUCGGCCUCUAGGACCCAAAGUUCUGCCUUCUGACAAUUCUGUCCGUGCUACAGCGAAGCCGGCUCAACCUGCUGCAAAAAAAAAUAUUUCUGUUGUACGUAAACCAACAUCAUCACCACUCCAACCUGUUGCACGCAGACCUGUUCAAUUGAAUCCGCAAUCUGGCAAUAAUAGACCUAUUUCGUUGAAUGGCCAGCCUUCAGCUUUGAGAAGACCUGUACAAAAAGAUAAUUACGAGUCUAGUAAGCCUAAGGUUGUUAGUAGACAGUCAUUGCCUUCCUCUAAGGUUCAGUUGAAGAGAUCUCCUCAAAGACACCCCAAACUUGCUCCUUUGCGGGAUGAACGGUCAAAGGCAAAACCUAAGAGGCAGCUUCCUGAUGAAGAUUCCGAGGGUGAACAGGCCAUAAAUAUGAUCAGACAAAUGUUUGGACUACAAUUGUUUUGCAGUUAUAAUCCCAAUAAGUUUCGAGAUGAUGAUGACACUGGCGACAUGGAGGCCAAUUUUGAUGAUAUUCUAAUGGAGGAAAAACGAAGUUCAAGAAUUGCCAGGCAGGAAGAUGAAGAACAGCUCCGCCUAAUUGAAGAAGAAGAAAGAAGGGAUAGGAUACGGCUGGCAAAGAAGCGCAAGAUGAGCCAUUAAAGGCCCAUCGUGGUGUAGCACUAGUAAAUGACAUGGGGCGGAAUUUGUUAUGGUUCGGUGCUGUUUGCUUUGGUGCCUACAUGCAUAGUUUUGUAUCUAACUAUACUGGACUUUUAUGUGACAAUAGUUAUCAUUUCGAUUUGGAUUC